AUCAAGUCGCAACCUUAUGAACAAUGGCUAAGAAUCGAACGAAAAAGCGCACCCAUGUGGGCGCCAACAAUCCCAAGCAUAAGGCCCCCUUAACAGGUCGCUCGGCUAUUCAAGAUCCGAAGAGCAUGGUCAUUCGAAUUGGCGCCGGCGAGGUUGGAUCUAGCAUCAGUCAAUUGGCAAAAGAUGUUCGUCAAGUCAUGGAGCCCGGCACCGCUAGCCGUUUAAAAGAGCGCCGCGCAAACCGUCUGAGAGACUAUGUCACUAUGACUGGUACUCUCGGAGUCACUCAUCUACUUCUAUUCUCACGAUCCGAAUCUGGCAAUACGAAUUUGCGCAUAGCUACAACCCCACGGGGACCCACGCUACACUUCCGAGUUGAAAAAUACUCGCUUUGCAAAGAUAUACGCAAAGCUCAGAGACAUCCGAAAGGUGGAGGGAAGGAAUAUAUUACACCACCUCUGCUAAUCAUGAAUAAUAUCUCUACGCCAGGCGCUGAUGCCAGUUCUAAAGUUCCGAAACAUCUCGAAUCUCUCACCACUACCGUAUUCCAGUCUCUUUUCCCUCGCAUCAAUCCACAAACUACACCUUUAAAAUCGAUACGUAGAGUUCUCCUUCUGAACAGGGAACCUGCCGAAGACAAGGACGACGGAUCGUUCGUACUUAACUUUAGACACUACGCCAUUUCUACAAAACCAGCCGGAGUUUCCAAACCGCUUCGCAGACUGGAUGCUGCGGAGAAGCUUUUUGGCGCCAAGAACCGAAAGGGUGGCGUUCCGAAUUUAGGAAAGCUAGAGGACAUCUCCGAAUACAUGAUAGGCGGCGAAAACGGAGAGGGUUACAUGACAGAUGGCACUAGCGGAAGUGAAAUGGAUACGGAUGCCGAGGUAGAGGUCCUAGAGGAUGCACCGCGCAGAGUACUCUCGAGCAAGGCCCGCGCGGCUAGGAUGGAUAAUGGUGACGAGGGUGCUGACAACGACGAAAGAGUAGAGCGGCGGCGUGUCACCCUCGUCGAGCUCGGGCCUCGCAUGAAAUUACGUAUGACCAAAGUCGAAGAAGGGCUCUGUUCCGGCAAAACGAUGUGGCAUGAGCAUAUCCAUAAAUCGCGACAGGAAAUACAAGAGCUUGAAAAGCGAUGGGAACAGCGCAAGCAGGAGAAGGAUGCGAGGAGAAAGGAACAGAAAGCCAACGUUGAGAAGAAGCAAAAAGAAAAGGCCGCGAAUAAAGCUAAGAACGGUAAAAAUGGAGAAAAUGGCGAAGACGAUGACGACGAUGACGAUAUUGAGAUGGAUGGUAAUAAUAGCGAUCUUUUCGACGAGAUGAUGGAGGAAGAUGAGUUGGAUAGUGAAGGGCUGGCGGGUGAUGCCGAAGAGGCAGUCGGUCAACAAAUGGACGAGGACGAAUGGGAAGACGAAAGGGAAGAAAUCGCAGACGAAUACUAAGCUCUCCUGUAUCAACGAGAUCCAAAUACCCUUUGUAGGUAUGGAGUCCGGCGUAUUGCAUUGACGCUGUGUAAUAC